CGCUGCCGCUGCCACCCCCGCGAGACCGACCUGUCCGAAUCGCGCCCAGGUCCCUCGCUGGGAGUCUCGCCGACGGCCCUCCCGCCUCCCGCCUGCCCCUAGAUUCACGACGGAGAUGGCGUCCGAGCUCACCUACCGCGGAGGCGGGCCGUCCGCGGCCGCCAGCGCCGGCGCCGGGGGAUACUCCCCGAAGCCGUCCAAGCCGCUGGCCUGGCUGCCCCGCGCCGCCCGCUACGCCGUCGCCGAGAACCGCCCGCUCUUCGCGCUCGCCGGGAUGCUCAUCGCCGCCGCCGUCAUCUCCAUCGCCUCCCCGUCCGCCUCUUCCACCUCCACCACCGGCUCCGCCGCCGCCGUCUCGUCCUACUCCAACAACAACAACAACAACCCGCUCGCCCGCUUCUCCGUCGAGCCCGCCCACCACCGCGACGUGGCCACGCGCCACUUCGUCGGCGGCAAGGUGCCGCUCGGCCUCAAGCGGAAGGCGCUCCGCGUCCUCGUCACCGGCGGCGCCGGCUUCGUCGGCAGCCACCUGGUGGACCGCCUCCUCGAGCGCGGCGACAGCGUCAUCGUCGUCGACAACUUCUUCACCGGCCGCAAGGACAACGUCCUGCACCACCUCAACGACCCGAACUUCGAGAUGAUCCGGCACGACGUCGUCGAGCCCAUCCUGCUCGAGGUCGACCAGAUCUACCACCUCGCCUGCCCGGCGUCCCCCGUCCACUACAAAUACAACCCCAUCAAGACAAUCAAGACCAAUGUGGUUGGCACUCUGAACAUGCUCGGAUUGGCAAAGAGGAUCAACGCCAAGUUCCUCCUCACCAGUACCAGUGAGGUCUAUGGUGAUCCCCUCCAGCACCCACAGGUGGAGACUUACUGGGGCAAUGUCAAUCCCAUCGGUGUCAGGAGUUGUUACGAUGAGGGCAAGCGUACAGCUGAAACGUUGACCAUGGAUUACCACCGUGGUGCCAACCUUGAGGUUAGGAUCGCACGUAUCUUCAACACAUAUGGCCCUCGCAUGUGCAUUGACGAUGGCCGUGUUGUCAGUAACUUUGUUGCUCAGGCUCUGAGGAAGGAGCCCUUGACGGUUUAUGGUGAUGGAAAGCAAACCAGGAGUUUCCAAUAUGUUUCUGAUCUGGUUGAGGGUCUGAUGAAGCUGAUGGAAGGCGACCAUGUAGGACCAUUCAACCUGGGUAACCCCGGCGAGUUCACCAUGCUUGAGCUUGCCAAGGUUGUCCAGGACACCAUCGACCCCAAUGCACAGAUCGAGUUCCGUCAGAACACCCAGGACGACCCACACAAGCGCAAGCCCGACAUCAGCCGUGCCAAGGAGCUCCUUGGGUGGGAGCCGAAGAUCCCCCUCCGCGAGGGCCUUCCCCUCAUGGUCAGUGACUUCCGCAAGCGCAUCUUUGGCGACCAAGACGCCGCCGCCACCACUGGAAACCAGCAAGGUUAGGAUGAAGCCGCACGAUACUUGGGAAGUUUUUGGUGGCCUGCUUCUAGCCUGCUUGGUCGCUCUCCUUAUACUGACAAAAGCUAUGGCCACGUAGUUCGUUGGGAAUGUGUUACUGAAAUACCUUGGUUGAUGCUGUAAUGCUAUUCUUUUUCCUGUAUUUUUUUUCUCAGUUCUCUCAGUCCUUAGCUAUACAAAAAAAUUUCAGUUGAACCGUUGGAGAUAAACCCGGAUGAUCUAAUUCUUUGUUGAUUGAGAGCAUAGCAUCAUAUAUAUGGUAUAAAUCACGGUUUCUGCAA